UCUUUCAAAAAGAAAAAUGGCAAGUUUCAACACAAAGUCUUCCACAUAUAUGGCAUCGUAUACGGGGGAUUUUCUCGGAAUCCAUAUGUGCAUACUUAAAUCGUAAAAGGAAAUCCGUUUUUGUAAUUGUAAUUUAUUUAGUUAAUUUCAUUUAUUCCUUCUUUAAAAGAUUUUGUUGUUCAUUGUCAUGUUUGAUGUAUUUGAUUUCUUUGGGGUCUUUUGUUUCUUUUCAGUGAAGACGACAUCAAUAUAGUCCGAUUCUUUUCAGUUUUCUUUCACAAUUUGAUCAAAUUGGAUUGCAGCUUUAGUGACUUAAGACUGGUUCAAACGUUCGCAUCAUCGAGAAGAAAACCAGCUGGGGGUGAUUUCGUAAUAAAUCAUUUCUUCUGUGUACUAAGCUUUACUUCCACCUUAUCUUUGUAAGCGACCAAUAAACAUAAAAUAGCCAUUGACUGCAGUUCUUUUACAAUGCCAGCCAUCAUGCAGUGCUAGCUGAGCGGUCGAACCGGCCUGUCGAGCGUGUGGCGCUUUAUUAGGGAGGCAGUGAUGGCACACAUCGAUGUUUGCUCACACACAUUCCAAAUGUCCUCACGCCAUAUGUCAACCAGUGAGCCGCUGUUGCAUUUUCAAAACCCCCUGUCGAAGUCUAUUGACUGUUGGGCAUGCGCAGAGGAGCAGCGGCGCUAAGUUUACGCCAAUCCCAUGAUUGAUCACAAACUGGAGCUGGGGUGGUGCAUGUAAAAUGCCAUGUGAUUGGCUUGUCAAGCCGACGGGUGAUGAACGGCUGUUGACACCACAUCCAUUGAUGGAACGGAAGAAAGUAUCGUAUGGCGGGAAGGCUCAACCGGCUGCUUACUUGAUAUUGAUUAAGGGUGAGUGCGUGAAAGUUAAACUCACCCGCCCGACACCUCUCCGCACGUGGACACCACAAAAGGGGGGUAUUUAAGGACCUUGCGUCCGGAGCAACUUUAGAUUAACAACCGACGAGCACCCAACGCUUGACUUUAUUUGCUGCCGGAACUCUGCCGCGGACGACCGGACGGAAACGAACGAGUACAGGCGAUAUGCUGUUGUCGACUGAGAGAGCACAGGAAAUGUCUGCGAGCACGGCAAACAACCCGCCACCUACCAGCGUCUUCCCCGUCGGGGCCAUGUCGAGUUGCUCACCCGCCGGCUCCGAUUCCGGGGCCGAAUUCAGCGAUGACGCCAUGUCCGUGGACUCAUCCGCUUUGCCGCCUUCGAGGCCGUCAUCUCCACAGCUACCAAGCUCCGAUCAUGGCCAGGAGGAGGAGGAGGAAGAGGAGGGGCAAGGCGACCGGGAGAAGUGGAGCACAGGCAAGGCAGGAGGGGGGAAAAUACCCCACCAGAGAUAUGUCGGGGAGGCCGGGCGGGACUCGCGCGGCGUCCUCGCCGGCAAGUCCGGGCGCAAGCUCCCCGUGUCUAGCAAGGUCAUGAGCGAAGAGGAGAUGCACUCCCUCCGCCUGAAGAUCAACAGCCGGGAACGCAAGCGGAUGCACGACCUGAACACCGCCCUGGACGGACUGCGGGAGGUCAUGCCCUACGCCCACGGCCCGUCGGUCCGAAAGCUCUCCAAAAUUGCCACUCUGCUGUUGGCCAAGAACUACAUCCUGAUGCUUUCCAGCAGCGUGGAGGACAUGCGCAGACUGCUGGGGGAGGUGUACCAAGGGGUGCACCCGCCGCCACUGCCCUCCGCACAGUCCGGUGUAGCAGGGCUGGGGCAGUCAGCGCCUUUGCCCCCUACCCCGGCCCGGCCGGCUUAUUUCCCGACCGCGCCAGCAGCACCCAUCGCGCCCGUGCCCAAGUCCCUUUUGCUGUCCACGCCGCUCUGCUCCACAACGGUGUCCACGGGUCCGGAGAAGUCAGCCGCAUCCCCGGCGGAGUCGCCGAUGUUCAGGACGUUCGGCAGCGCAACUCAAGAGCGAGCAGGGCUCCCCACUCAUCUGCCGGUCGGCCCGCCGACUAACUCCAGUCUCGGCCUGUACAGCAGCUGGCCCAUGCCGUGCUCCUGUGCCCAGUGCAAGACAAACCCCACGGGCAGCGUCGCAACUCAGCACCGCAUGCCUGGCGUGUCGCCCUAUUCCACCGCAGAACUGAUCCGACCGACAAAGUGAACUCUACACAGU